AUGAUCAGAUCGGUGUUGAUUCGUAACAGCAGUCGCUGUUUCGUUCGUCAUGGUUCAUCCUCGACAUCCGCUCUGGCUUAUAAGCAAUUGCACAGACAUGCUUCCAGACCACCUUUGCCCACUUUAGAGACUCCUUCUUGGAGUGCUGAUAGUGCGGUGUCAUCUAUUCUCUACGAGACCCCUGUUGCCUCGAGACAACCUAGAAAACAGCACGUUUUGAACUGUUUGGUGCAAAAUGAACCAGGUGUAUUAUCGAGAAUCUCUGGUACUUUAGCUGCAAGAGGUUUCAACAUUGACUCAUUGGUUGUCUGUAACACGGAGGUUAAGGAUUUGAGUAGAAUGACUAUCGUGUUGCAGGGACAGGACGGUGUCAUCGAGCAGGCUAGAAGACAAAUUGAAGAUUUGGUUCCCGUAUACGCCGUGCUGGACUACUCAAACUCCGAAAUCAUCAAGAGAGAGUUAGUAUUGGCUCGUGUGUCAUUGUUGGGUGCUGAGUAUUUCGAGGAUUUGUUGUUGCAUCACCACAAGAGCACCAUUGAGGCGGAAGACUCCGGUGAUUUGGUCUCCGAGAUCAGAGAGAAGAAAUUCCAUCCAACCAAUUUGCCAAUGAGUGAAGUGCUAAGAUUGAAGCACGAACAUUUGAACGAUAUUUCUAAUUUGGCCAAGAAUUUUGGUGGUAAAGUUGUUGAUAUUAGCGAUGGAAGUUGUAUCGUAGAGCUUUCGGCCAAGCCUUCCCGUAUUAGUGCUUUCUUGAAAUUGAUUGAACCUUUUGGUGUGUUGGAAUGUGCCAGAAGUGGUAUGAUGGCACUGCCAAGAAUCCCAGUCAAGAGCUCACUGGAAGAAGCUGAAGAAGCUGAGCAGUUGAACGAUAUCGUCGACCUCAGUCAACUACCACCGGGUUAA